CCCCCUUCCCGGCUUCAGCCGGCGCAGGCCGCAGGCGGCAGAAGGCGAGCCGGGGCUCGCGAGGCCAUGAAGGUGAAGAAGGGCGGCGGCGGGGCUGGGUCGGGGGCGGAGCCCGUUCCUGGGGCUUCGGGCCUGAGCGUGGAGUCCAAGUCCGAGCUGCAGCUGCAAGCAGAAUCCGAAUCCGGGUCCGAGUCGGAGCCGGAGGCAGGCCCGGGGCCCAGGCCGGGGCCGCUACAGAGGAAGCAGCCGAUCGGGCCGGAGGACGUGCUGGGGCUGCAGCGGAUCACCGGUGACUACCUGUGCUCCCCUGAAGAGAAUGUCUAUAAGAUUGACUUCGUCAGAUUCAAGAUUCGGGACAUGGAUUCAGGCACUGUCCUCUUUGAAAUCAAGAAACCCCCAGCCUCAGAGCGGUUGCCCAUCAACCGGCGGGACCUGGACCCCAAUGCUGGGCGCUUUGUCCGCUACCAGUUCACCCCUGCCUUCCUCCGCCUGAGGCAGGUGGGAGCCACGGUAGAGUUCACAGUAGGGGAGAAGCCUGUCAACAACUUCCGCAUGAUUGAGAGGCACUACUUCCGCAAUCAGCUGCUGAAAAGCUUUGACUUCCACUUUGGCUUCUGCAUCCCCAGCAGCAAGAACACCUGCGAGCAUAUCUACGACUUCCCCCCUCUCUCUGAGGAGCUCAUCAAUGAGAUGAUCCGUCACCCAUAUGAAACACAGUCUGACAGCUUCUACUUCGUGGAUGACCGGCUGGUGAUGCAUAACAAAGCAGAUUACUCCUACAGUGGGACACCCUGACCCCCUGACACCACCCCCUGCUACAGGAGGACCUGGGCCCUCAAUUAAGACCUCCCCAACACCCACCUCUCUCAAUCCCAGGUCUUCUGCUGGGGCAGUGCUCCAGGGGACCCUGGCUCUGAGUCAACACAGGGAGAAAGAAUGCCUGAGGCUUCCAGUCUAAGUCUGAAAUCCAUGGGCCCUGGCAUUUAGGGCGGGGUGGUAGGGGACCUGUUUUCCUCCAAGUCCUGGGAGAGGAGUAGUCAGGAUUUCCAAGCAGCCUAGCUAGGCCCUUUGGACCCAAAGUGUCAGAAUAGUGUUCCCCUAGCCAGGCUUUGACUAGGUCAGGGAAGGGCCUCAUUCACCAUGCUCUGCCCACUCUUGGCAGGCCAUUUAGAGUUGUAAAUUCACAGAGAAUCGUGGUGGGAUCUGGCUGCCAAGCUUCCCAUGGAUAUGGGCCCUGUCCCCAGCUCAUCUUCCAACCUCAGGGCUGAGAUACUGCCUGAGGUAUGGGAGGGACCUGCCCAGACUGCAGCAUGUGGUGGGGGCUGGACCACCUGUAUAUACUUUUCAAUAAACUUUUUUGUUCUCUGGC